GCGAUAUACGGGACGCACCAGGGAUGAAUAUAAAUAGCUGAAGAUUCUUUCAUAAAGUACUCUGAGGAACACAGUUACACCACAGCCACAACACAUACGUACUGACGUGACGAUAUACCCGAUCUACCAGUCACAAACCUGUUUCGUCCGGCAACUGAACAGAAUGAAAAUACCUCGGCCGGGUACACGACUGAGUGAUAGCCUGAUGCCACUCCAUUUUGCCCCAUUUGAGUAUUACUGAUUCCGUUUAUUUAAGGAUGGGAAUAUGUGAUUGGAUCUAGAAAACACGUUGAUUCCAGCUGUCGGAGGACUAAAUACAAUGAAGAGGAGAAAAUGUGUCGCCAUGUUGGUGUUACCUUGGGUUAUUGUUGUGGUGGUAACAAUCAUCGACAUGGCGGAAGGUGUCAAGACGUGUCUGAGAUCAGGCCCAGAACCGGACCCGAGUCUAAGUCUGGAAAUCUUCAUAGACACGCUCAAUGGACACAAUGGAAACUGUUCCUGUUCAUUACAAAAGGUCAAUGUCAUUUCUAAUGUGACAAUUACGGUGAAUAAUGUAGCCGGCAUGUGUGAAGUUGGUGAAUUGACUAUAUCAGACAGGAAUGUGUGUGACCAAGUGAAGAAGAAGGAGCCAACAUGGACUAUACAAUUGGCUCGUUUAGAGGAUGUAUUUCUCAACGUGACAGGCAAUAGGAACCAAUCUGUUGGGGGAGUCAUCACCUUUACAUCUCAAAAUGACAUAAGUCUUGCGUGUCUUCCGGCCGUUGAGACCAUACCGGAAACAACGACACCAAAAAUAACGACGACACCCAUCACGACUACAACAACGGAAGGCCCCAUUGAAGGGACACUUCUUGCUACUUCGUUCGGUGUGUUUGGUGGGUUCGUCAUCCUGCUGAUACCAAUAUUUCUCUGUGUGAGAUACAGAGAAAGAAGGAGAGAGAAGCACAACGCAAAGAAGGCCAAUGCAGAACAAUCCGUACAAGCCGUGUGAGAAAAUACAGACCCUGAGAUGCUAAAAUACUCAUGGUUUAAAACUCUAACCGGGAUAAAACGACUUUACUAUGGAGAGCCAAGACGAGGAAGGUCGGAAACCGGAAGCAUCAACCAACUGGCUCUCAGGCAGGAAGAAGGUUUCGAAAACUGUUUGCUAGUAGGAAGGGCUCUCCUAGUUCGACAAGCACAAACAGUUUAAGCGCGAGUCCAGGUCCAGACAACAAUGGGCCUGAAGUUUUAAAUGAAGAAGACAAUGACGAAGUGUUUGAUGUCGUGAGUCCCCGGCAAGGUGGUGGGAUUUUCAUGGACCAGCGCAGUUUCAAUGAAGAGCUGAUGAACGUUCCUGAAGAGGCAUCCACAUCUGUGGAUGUCCAUUGCGAUUCUCUCGUGCCAAACAAACAAGCUGAUGAAAAUAAUCAACUUGAUGUGAGUGAUGAAACAGUGGAAGGGGAGUUUGUUAAUUCCUUGUUCUCUGGCGUUGGUGAGGGUACGGAAUACCUUUCUGAAAAUGAAAAUCCGAAAGUGCAAGAAGAAGGUUCAACUGAAAACAAUAACGGUCUCACUGAGACACAAAAGAAAUAUCUAGUUUCUGGCGAACAAGUAACCGUUGUUCCCGAUUCUGAGGUCAUUCGGGACAAAAAGACCCUGACAGGGAUAUUAGCCAAUGGCUACCCUAGUGACCAUGUAAGUGCAGAUGAUGCAGUGCCUAUCAAGUCACCGAAAAAGGCAAAUGGUACCGCAGUAUUUAGAAUGUAACGGAUGGAUUGUACCUUGGUUGGAUUUUUAUCUCAUUAAUGUGUAUGUGUUGAAUAGUUUGGGUGCAAACCAAACAACGCCAAAAUUGACGACAUUGAUACCUGUGGAUACCAUGUUGUGCCUGCGUUGAGUUACUGGUAUCAAACAUUUUAAUCAAGAUGCAUAAUGCAUUAAAUACAUCAUCAGCUUCCGGUGAUGACGCUUACUGUACAUAAUACUGGAGAAUAGGAUAGUAGUGAGCAGGAAAUGGACAAUAAUACUAUUAUGUUUGUAGAAGCAUCACAAAGUUACAAUGCAAUAGAGUCUGUGUCGGCAUAUAAUCGAGACCUGUUAGUCUCUAGUUUUGUAUUGAUGAAUAUGAAACUACAAAGCAAGAGAAUAUAUCCAGUCGCAACGCCAGAACAAUUUCCAAUGGAUGUAAAAGGCAACAUAGCAGAAAAUUAUAUAUGAAUGUAUCUCUCAAAAUCAGUGAUGACUGCAGGUGCCCUGAAGGUAGGCAAAGGUUGCAUUCUGACUGUGUUCAAUUCUAAAUCAGUCCUAUAUCACUAUAAACAAAAGUGUUGUGUUGUGAUGUCGAGAGACAGCGUUUUCAUCACAUAUUCAUAUGAUAAGUAGAGUAUGGUUUAAUGUUGCCGUCUGUGUACACGUCCUCUCUUCACACGUGAAGCGUCAGCUGGGUGAUACAGUACCUCUUGUUUCUUUGAAUCACCUGUCUCUGGUUCAUCCAUGUACAUUGUCUAACCUGAUUCACCCCAUUGGCAACACUGAAAUUUCAAAUAUGUCUUGCGAAUGUAUUUUAUGAUGCGAAGCAACCCCAAUAAUUGUAUCUCUCCGAGAGACAGGUGUGCUUCAGCGUUUAUGGACCCAAGCCCCAUUUCACAAAACUAUAUUAGCGCUACGACUGUCGUACCUCCUAUGCUGUAGCUUUGUGAAACGGGGCCCUGAGGCUGAAUGACUGUGUAGUUACCCGGUGUACUUGUAUUGACCACUGUAAAACCUGACUGUGUCACGAUCCUCGAGUGGAUCUGGGCAUGUUGUCUGUGUGCGUGGGCCCACUGUAUUGAAAUAUUUUAUCUGGUCUUUACAUUUAUUCAAACCCUCUAUGAAAACACGGUUCUAUUAUUAUCGGCACGCAUAUGUGUGUCCAAUGUUUAUGGACACAGGGUACGUAAACCAGUUAGACAGGUAUGUUGUAUGGCUGUGAUUAUGUUUGGAGUAUAAUUCAUGCAUGUAUUUGGACCCUGCACUAUGCUAACAUUUCAAUGCGACGGGAACGCUAUGUCGUGGGAACAGCUCACUCGUGACAUAUCCCGAAUUUAAGGAACACGCGUGGACGUUAGUAUCCUCAAAAAGCAAACAUUUUGUAGCUGUGUCACUGGCGAAGUGUGUAUACCUCUCUCCUAAAUCAUAGUUUCCAGAUAUUAAUGUGAAAAAUUCUUUGACAUGGAAAAUGAAUAUUACCUUCAAAAAUAAUAAUCGAUCGUGAGAUAGUUUAGUUUAUAUUCCGCCCGAAACGAUCUUAACACCUACUCAGACUUUUUAGUAUACGCGCUUUGGAAAUUGGUUCAGUAUUCAUAAUUUUCUUCAGGUUAUAUAUAGUUUUUUAUGACCAAUAGCCUAAAGUUCACCAUGAUCAAAGUAUAACAGGUUUUUUCAACAAAGCCUGCAGGUUGUAAUGUGAACCAGGCUGGCAUGGUGACGGUAAAAUCAAUGAGACAAACAAUCAAGCUUACUCGUGCGUCUGGAUCCGGUAGAAAUGCCUGAUAGGAAUAUAAUUUGCCCGAACCGUCGUUGCAUGAUAUUAAAUAUAUAUUUGUAAUAGACUAAUAGUGUAAUAUACCAUGGGCUGCUUGCAGAGCAUAUUUUAUGAAUAUUAAAUAUGAUUCACGAAACUAGGGUAACACAAUUAAUGUGUACAGGUAAUUUCCAUUUAUCUUCCAGAAUUCAGAAUUGAUGUCUUGCAUUAUAUUAUACCAUUGCCUUAUACAAUUACACCAUCUGUUCUUCAAUUACAGGACGCAACUGCAAUGUAAAUGCUUGUGAAAACAGAUGUAUUCAUCUUCGGUUCAGAUCAAAAUGUCUCAUGUGAUACAUAGCUCUUUGAUAUUUAGUACGAUGUGAUGCGGACUGUGUCUCUAUCCCAGAGGGCUGUACAUAUGCGUAUAUCUCAUACUGCUGUAUAUCCGUCUAUUGCUGUGAUUAGCCUCGUCAGAACGUACUCUGUAACUGCGGGUCAGUUGUUAUUUGAUUGUGAUGGAGACAUAGUUGUGAUACAGUUCAGAUAUGAUUUAUAUUACAACUACUUCUUUUUGUAAAGGUAUAACAAUUUCGCAUGCAAGAUUAAAAAUGGGGUGCAAAUUUAAUUUACAACAUUCCUAUGUCAAAUCAAAACAUGGCCAUACAAUGUGAAUAUUGUCCGUUCUUUUGUGGUAACAGUGAACCACCAUGAUAGGGAAUUUACAUAAUGACAAAAUACAUAUGAUUAAUGAUGACAUAUUGUUGGUGUAGGGAAGAGCACAAAUGUUCUCAUAACGAAUCUGAAUUACUAUCCCCCAGGACAUACGUUCACAAUUGUGACUAUGGUGAACUCUUUAACCUUUCAGCAGAUAGUCCCUGGUUCGAAUCCUAUAUUCGUUCCAACUGUGUUUUGUCAGUUUGCAAAACAAGAUACCACAAUUAAUCAGUUUAUGUACCAUGCCUCGCUUUGGGUUGGUCUCUUUACAGUUGUUGACACAACCUGACCAAGGAAAUAUUUUCAAAGGAUUUAUAUUCCAUCCAAUUCACAGAAGCUAUCCUAUGGAAUGGAGCAUGUUUGAUCUCAACAGCGGCAACUGCAAUUUUUGUGUACAUUCCAUAAUUGUGUAAUUAUGUAAAAUUGUGUUUAUUAAAGGAAAAUUGCUUGUACCUCGCAUGAUCUUGUAUGCUAGUAUAUGUGUAUGCAUUGAUGAAGAACUGGACUGACAGACUCGUAUGCAAUGUGCUGAUGGUCUUGAAUCAUGGCAUUUUUUAUGUUAGAAGUUCUUGUAAAUUUGUGCCUAGAUUAUAACCAUUGUUUGAUACAUGUGUCAUUCUAUUUUUCUACAAUAUACAAUGUUACAUAGUA